ACAUUAAAUUUAAACCUAUUUUCAAAGUUCUUCCUUCGAAUCCUGCCCAAACACCCAUCGCGGGCACUUUUGAAACCAUUCGAGAAUUUUCUACUGCACUCCAAGAAGUUGGUUCUCUUCGGAUCGGGGGCUCUGGAGGAUCGUUCGGAUGAUUUAAAUUCUUUUAGGGUUUUUUUUUUUCUUCUUUCCCUUCAGGUUGUUUCUGCUUCUACGAGUCUGCUCCAUAUUCUUGAAGAUGCUUCCACUUUCGCUCCUAAAGACUGCUCAAGGGCAUCCAAUGUUGGUGGAACUGAAAAAUGGUGAGACGUACAACGGCCAUUUGGUUAAUUGUGAUACGUGGAUGAACAUUCAUCUCCGGGAAGUCAUCUGCACUUCUAAAGAUGGUGACCGGUUUUGGCGAAUGCCUGAAUGUUAUAUCCGUGGUAAUACAAUCAAGUAUUUGCGAGUUCCUGAUGAGGUUAUUGAUAAAGUACAGGAAGAAACCAAAACUCGUGCAGAUAGGAAACCUCCGGGUGUGGGACGUGGAAGAGGAAGAGGGCGUGAGGAUGGUCCUGGUGGAAGACCAGCAAAAGGAAUGGGGCGAGGCUUUGAUGAUGGUGCUAAAGCUGCUUCUGGAGGACGUGGAAAGGGUGGCCCUGGUGGAAAACCGGGUGCCAACAGAGUUGGAGGCAGAGGCCGAGGGUGAUCUGAGCGCCCAUAUGGAUAACAGAUGAGAUGGACUAACUACAUAUGCAAGCCCUGCCCCAUUUUCUGGUCAGUGGCCGUGUGUUUUUCAUUUUUUAUGCAUUUUCUCUUGGUUUGGAUUCUGAAGUGAAUAUUUAUGCGAGCUUAGUCCGCCCUCUACCGAAGUUGUACACGAGAUGACUGGUUUUAUUGGUGUAAUUGAAUGCAAAUUGGUUCAUGGAAUUGUUAUGCAGCAGAUGAUCUCAUGUUUCCAGAUGUU